AUGCCUACUGCAGCAGUAUCUCAGCCUCAGCUCCCCAAUCUCGCCCCAACCUACUACUCCCGCGUGCCAUCUGCUUCCAGAAAGACCAUGUCCAUCACGCAGACCUACUACCUCGCCCACAAGGCCCGGGCCAAGCUCUCCCGCGAGGCUGCCCAGCCCGACCACGACCUCCGUCUCCUCGUCGGUCACGCCAACCUGCUCGACUCCCUGAUGCUUGAACUGGCCGAUGCCGAGCGUGAGCAGGAGCGGUGGUUUAACCAGUCCGUCCGCGGCGCCAGCAGCAACAAUACCAAGGCCGGCGAGCGUCGUGUGCAGUGGGCCGAUCGCGUCGUCGAGGAAUCCGACUCUUCCGACUCCGACUCCGACUCCGACUCCGACUUUGACGAGGACGACGUUGAGAUGGCCAAUGCCGUCUCCGUCCGAGUCCCCGUCGCCGCCCAGCAGGCCCAGCUUGUCGACGAGGACGACGACCUCGAGGAGGACUACGCACAUCUCGAACUUGUCCGAACCCCUUCUCACUCCAACUCGCCACCCGAGCUCGUGGACCACGACUCUGAAUCCUCAGACGACGAGUCCAUGCCACCCUCGCCAGCCGACGCCUCGCUGCCCUACAACGAAAAGGAAGCCGCCAAGGAGGGAGAGGAAGCAAUCUUCAACGACGAGUACUACGUCCCCCAACAGCCGUCAGCAGGUCUGGUGACCGCCAUCUCGGUAUACUGA